CAGUUUAUUUCUGGCUCUCGUGCAAAGCGCAACGUCGUAACGGACGGCUCCAUACGGUCGCUCGGUUCGCUUCGCCCCAUGUUGAUGUUGUGUUGUGUGUCGUCGGUGUCGGUUUCGGUGUUUUUCGUGUUUUUUUGGUUGACAACUGCAAAUGCAACACACACAUAUGAAUACGAAAUACAAAUACCAGUAAAGCAACGAAACAAUAUCAACAAAUAUAGAAAACCCCAAACGAAAUGAAAUGAAAAUCAACUAAUCAAGGUGUGCAAUUUAGUAUAGGGAAUCUACUAAAAACCCGCAACCCUUUCACUUACAAAAAACCAAAAAAAAACUCACUCGGAGAAUCCAAAGUGCAGCGACAACGACGCAAAACGAGUUUUCAAUAAGCCAAUAAACCAAUAAGCAAAACAACAACAACAACAAAUAUCAGCAAACUAGGCCCGUUAGUGUGCGCCGCCGUGGCCUAUAUUCAAAAUAGAUCAGCAACAGUGCUGUCAAAAUGCAACCAGCAACAGCAGCAACAUCGGCAACAGCAGCCGCUGCUUGAGAACACGAAGAGCAACGACGAACAACAAAACAAGUUUCCAUUUGCGCCUUUAUGCUAAAUAAUAAUAAUAAAUAAACGCGUCGCAAUACCAAAAAGACACGCGGAGAAGUUGAAGUUGCAGUCGAAGCCGAAGUCGAAGUUGCAGUCGACGAGUCGCCAAGUUGCCCAGGCAGCAACAGCAACAGCAAAGCAAAGCGAAAAAAAAACAAAGUGACCUACAAAUACUGGUUUUCAACUCCGCGUGAGAACGUGCAGCAAUAAUGGCCACAAUCGAAAUGCAGUCAACGGUUGCGGUUAAGCGGCCGGGUCCGCCAGUGCCGCCCAGACCCAAAACAGCAACAGCGACAGUUGCUGCUGCAACAACAACAACAACAGCAACAGCAGCAACAACAAACGUGUCAACUUCACCGCCAAUCAUACAAAAGAAGCCCACAUUUGUCAGCCAACUGAGCGCUGUGGGACGCACUUUGGUCUACAAGUCGCCCUCACUCAAUCUGCAAAAGAAACAGGCGCAAACACAAACGCCCACCAUGGCGCUAGUUGGCAGUGCCACUGCCACAGCCACAGCUGCCGCAAGUGCCGCACCAGCAACGGCGCCGAAGCCACCGUUAAAGCUACGCAAAGCGCCGGAUGUGCCCACAGCCAAGCCCAGGGAAUCCACUGGGAAUGCUGUUGUCAGCGUUAAUCGCGCCAAUUCAGCUGUUGCACACAGCAGCAGCAGCAACACCGCAACACCUUUGAAGGAGACACGUCUCAGUCUCGGCAAGGUGGAUUUCGAGCGUGCCGGUCUCCAUUUGGCCAAACAACCGUUGCCCAAGCCCCGUAAAAUCGUUCAAAUGCCGGUGGCCACACUCGAUAUGGAUGACGAUGUGGCUGCCGCAUUUGUGGCACCGCCAGCGACGCCGGCAACCAGCAUCUUUCGUCGCUCCAAGACCACCUUGGACAGUCCGCUAUCGGGCUCAUCGUUUGGCAAUGGCAAUGGCAGUUUUCUCAGCGGCAAAACGGUGGAGAUUAAGAACAAUUUGAAGAAUGCCGCCGAGCGUUUGUUCUCCGAGAUCAUCAUCAGUCAGUCGCAGAAGCAAACGGCAGCGGAUACCACGAUUAUCACGAAGCAUGAGCGUGCCAUACAGCAUCAGGCACUGUUGGAGCAGGAAUUGGCCCAGGAGCGGCACACACGCUUGCAGCUGGAGCGGGAACGGGAGCGGGUGAGGGAGCGAGAGCGUGAACAGGUGACCAUCGAGGCGGCAGGAAAUUGCACGCGUAUCAAUAUCAAUCCAAAUCCCAAUCCCAAUCCCAACCCCAUCAAGUGCUCUGUGAGUGCUGGCAAUACGCCAGAGAAGAAGCAUACCUUCCAUGAGUUGCUCAUCUCGGAGCUGGCGGCGAUGCGCAAUCGCUCCUGUUCCCUGGAACAGUUGCCCACGACACGUUCGUUGUCCGUGGCCAAGGUGACGCCUAGUAAAUCGUUGUCGCGUCAACGUUACAACUCCAUCGAUGAUGCUGACACGGAGGAUGUGGAUGCCGACAAUGUGGAGGAUGCCGAUGGCGAUGAGGAGGAUACGUUGACCUAUGCGGUGAACAAGUCGCUCAAGGAGAAUGCCAGCAAUUUGAAUGGCAACUCGACGCCACGCAAACGUUGUCCCUCGGGCUGCUCAUCGGAUUCAUCGCCAUAUGGCACGGAGAGAUCGCAGCGCAUUCGCACUUCGGAUUGGAUCGAGGUGGGCGACAAUGGCAAACAGGUGACGUUGACCAGUUGUCACAUUAGCCUCGAGGAUUCGGGCAUGGAGGAUGAGGAGCGACUCGAUGAUAUGUCAUCGUCGGGAGUGGGCGAUAGCUGGGACAGUGUCAAGGAGGCAGAGAACGAGAAGCGUUGUCGCAACGUCAAGCGCGGAAUGUCGAUAAGCGGUCUGCCGCCUUUGCCUAAAUCUUUGAGCGGUUUCAAUAAGCUGCUCGGCUCCGAUUCGGGGCUCUUGAGUGAUGUGGAAGUACAGCAGGAGCUGGAGAGCAUCAACAAUAACAGCAACAAGAACAACAACAACAACGAUGACAAUAAUAAGGAGAAUGAGAGCGGCAACAAAUUAGCAAGCCAAAAAGUUAGUGAUAACAAAAACAACAACAGCAUCAGCAGCGGUAACAAUAACAACAAUAACAGCGAUAAGCAGACAUCUAAAGAGAAUGCAAACGAUAAAUCAACGCCAGCUUUAGCAGAGUCAACAACAACAACGACAACAGCAGCAGCCACAGCAGCAGCAACAACAAAAGCAACAGCAGCAACAUCGACAGCAGCAGCAACAUCGACAGCAACAACAGCAAACACAACGACAGCAACAACGGUGACUUCCAAUGCAAAUGAAAAGGAAAACAACACGAAAGCAACAGCAAUAACAACAACAACAACUGUGACAAGCUCACCUGCAAAAAUCAAUGUAACGGGCAGCACUUUGGACGCGCAGAUAGCGACGCUGCGAAAGGAAAUGUACGGUUUGCGUCAAUUGGAUCUCUCAUUGCUGUCACAAUUGUGGGCGCUAAAUGACUCCAUACAGGAGUUUCGCACGAUGAUCGAAGAGCAGGACGAUGAGGAGGACGAUGAAGAGGGCGAAUUGGAUGAGCAGGGCAAUAGACGACAUUCACCCACGCCUUCGUCAUAUGAUUCGGUCAGUUCCGAAGGUGGCCCCGAAGCGGAUCUUGUAAUGCAGGCCAAGGCAAAGCGUCUCGGCACCAUACCAAAGGUCAUCACGACGCAGCCAAAGUUGCCGCUACAGCAACAGCAGCAGCAGCAACAAUUGAAACUGGAUAUGAAGCCGGUGCCAAGGAUGCGGAGUGCACCGCCGCCACCACCACCUGCCGCAUUGAUGUGCACAGCGCGAAAGGCGGCGGCACCACCACGACCCACAUGAUGUUACCUAACCGACUUCCUCGCCGGAGUCAGGAUGGUCAUGUGCAAGGCGAUUGUGAGCGAUGUGCCGCCGCCGCCACUGCAGCCAUCAACGAUGUCGCCAGAGUCGACGACGACAUCGUUGGGCAGCAUUUGAGCAUUAAGCGACGGAGCUAAUGUUGGAUUUGGAACUGGAAUUGGAGUACAGCACUUGGCAAGGGCGUUGGAAGUUAGUCGGAUCACGAACGUUGUUUUUGUGGGCAAAAGAAGAAACGAAGUGUGGCAUCCACCAUCCCUAGAUAGUUUACGUAAACGAUAUACGAUAAUUGAUAUACAAUAAUCGAUAUUUGAUCGAUCCUCGAUGAUCGACAGUCGACAAUCGAUUAGGGAUAAUCUAUAUCUAUUUAAACUAUGCAUAUAUGCAUAUGCUACUUACUUAGUCGUAAGCCGUGUAGCCUUUAAGUUUAGCAGUCCUUUGUGUGAUCUUCAGUUGUAAGUUUAUUGUAAAUUUUGUUUUUCUGUUGGCCCCGAUGCUACUAUUUUUGGGGGCUACUUUGGGGUUUUGAUUUCUUUUCAUUAUUAGGCACGAUGGGUUCAGCUACAUUUAACACUGCAUAUUAUCUAUGAAAUGUACACUUUAUGCUUUAAAUAUAUUCUGCUUUACGAUAUCAACAAAAUUACAUUGGAAGUCUCUCUCUCUUUAUCUCUUUUCUGUUCCAUCAUCUUUUUCUCUAUUCUCUUAUAUCGUAUCUCCGACCACAGCCUAGAGACAUACAUACAUAUAUAACUUUAAUCCUAACUCUUAACUCUAAUGCUAACAAUAAUUAUUAUUGACUAUAAAGUUGAUGUAGACUUAAGAUAAGAACUGCACUACUUGUAUAUAGAGCUGUCACUAAACAACCUGCGCUAUAACUCUCCUUGGCUUUGCUGCAACUGCAUACAAAACAAUAUGUCUAACGAGAAGCGAAAAUAAACAAUCCAAACGAAGCA